AUGAAGUGUACAGUAUCGCAGCCCCUCCACCAUCUCCUUCUCCGCUCCUCCCCCAUCUUCCCCCCUCGCCCCUUUCACCUCUCCAUUCCCCCUCCCCCUCCGCCGUCUCACCUCGUCCCUCCACCGUUGCCCCACGCCCCUUGCCCCGUGCAGGAGCCCUUGGACCUGCGACCAGCGCCGUCCGCCGUGUCGCCGUCACCGGGGCCGGCAGGGCUGUCGGGCAUCUCCGUGCCCUCCUCCUUCGCUGGCUGCUCCUCCGCCGCCCUCGCCUCCCUGCCCGCCUCCAUCCCCACCUCUGUCUUCACUGCAGGUCCGGCAGCAGGGUCGGCGCCGGAGGAGGUGGCGAAGGCGGUGGCGCGGGACGUGGCGGCACUGCGGGUGGCGGUGGUGAAGGAGCCGAUGCCGCUGGGCGUGGUGCGGGCGGAGCGGUCCAGCCCACGCCCGGGGGACCUGCAGGUGCUCAUCGCGGAGGACAACAUCGUCAACCAGCGCGUGCUGCUGAAGCUGCUGAAUGGCAUCGGGGUGAGGUCGUGCUACACUGCCAUCAACGGACUCGAGGUGAUGCAGCGGCUGCGGCAGGUGACAGUGGAUCUGGUGCUCAUGGACGUGCAGAUGCCCGAGAUGGACGGCCUCACUGCCACCGCCUGCCUCAGAAGGGAGCUGCCACCAGAGCAGCAGCCGGUGGUGGCAGCACUGACAGCAGAUGUGGGGUCUGGGAUAGAGUCCGAGUGCAAGGCUGCUGGCAUGAACUCUUACUUGAGCAAGCCUGUUAGCAAACCGGCCCUUCAGAACUUCAUUUCCCGAUGCUUAUCAUCCGGUGCCAUGGAUGGUUCGUCGUCUCGGGAAGGAGGCAUUCAGCUUCUUUUAGCGGCAGAGCAAGAAGCCCAGAAGGUCGUAGCUGCAGCUCGUGCAGCCAAAACUGCCAGGUUGAGGCAAGCGAAGGAGGAAGCGGAGAGGGAAGCCGCUGCUUACCGCGCUCAGCGUGAGGAGGAGUACAGGAAGAAAAAGGCCGGGGUUACUGGGAUGCUUCUUGAUCUUGUGACAACAGUGAAGCAUUAA